CCGCUUCCGGGCGGCGUGGGGAGGAGAGCGGCGGGAUGAGCUGGGCGCGGGGCGGCUGGCGGGCGCGGUGCACCUUGCGCUUGGCCGGCCCCCGGAGGUGGCUGGCGGGGCGGCGUGACCCUGAGGGCUCAGCUAAGGAGGAUCCAGAGGGCGAGGGAGCCAUCCCCUUCUCUGCCAGCAAGGCCAGCCCGCGGGUGUGGAGCGUCAGCCAGUCUAUGGGGAGUGACUACCAGAGGCCGUGGGUGAAGGUGCUGCCUCUCAGCCUGCUGUGCAGCGGGCUGUUGCUGUGGUGUGCGUUUAGGGAAAAAACGGAGAUUGACGACCGACUGGAAGCCCUGUUAUCUGGUCAGAUCGUGGACCCUUUAAAUGCGGCCCAACAAAGCAGUGCUCCUUCGCAGCUACAGAAGGAGAGAUGAUGAGUGCCUGUCGUGAAGGAGCUGCCAAAAGUUCGGCUGCUUAAAGGCUGCUCCCACACUGGAUUUGGAAAAUGUGUGUUUCCGUCCGACCACCAGCCUUAUCUUGCAAACGGGAUUUAUUUAUCUUGCUGCUUUUUGUUUGUCCUUCCUUAGCAAUUUACAGCGAGAGCAGAAGGGAUGGUCCUUUUCUGCAUUGUGUGGCAGGGAUGGGCAGGAUGUAUUGCAAACCAGUGUGUAUUUGUAGAUAUGUUGUGUUCAACUCGUUUUUUUCCAUGGAUGUUUUUUUUUCUUGGUUGUACAGCGUAUUAAAGAUCAAAGCUGUCUGUCUGUAACUUGGUUGCUGAAGGUGACCUUCGGCUGACACUGCUGGUGUGGAGUGCAUGGAGUGCAUUCACAUAAUACUGAGCACAAGUGUAUUAAUGUAUGAUUGAUUCAUGUUCGGAUUACUUUGUAAUUCUACUAAAUAACGUAUAAUUUACUUAAUGCACAGUUAGUGCUUGUUUCUGCAGCAUAACCUGUUAGACGUGCCUGACUUCAACGGCCAUUGCUUAGGUGGGAGUUUUACAGGAGCUGUAAGUGAUGGACCUGCGUCGCAGGGGGGAGGGAGCUCCUAAUUCUGCAGAACAGCAUAGUAUGUAUUUUUUAUCUACAUUUGCGGAUACUCAAAACUUGCCCAUUCUGGAGCCUUGCCUGAGAGAGGAAGCAAAGCACACUGGUGUGACUUUCAAGUUAGGUGUAUUUUUUUUUUUUUAGGCUUUGCUCUGUAAAGAUGCAAAACUUCUGUGCGAUUGAAGUCCUUCAUUAAAAAUCAAACAUCCCCACAGCACAGCAGCAGGGGGUAACAC